AUGAUUGUUCCUUUGUUAUUCUUUGCUGAGAACGACGGCGAAUCCGACGAGCACUUCCUGGAGGAGCUCGGGAUCCCCGUGAAGCAGGACUCCGAGCUCUCGGAGGACAACGUCACCUACAACAAGUUCAUGGGCACGCUCAACCCCCGCCAGGAGGAAGCCCUGAAGCGCCGCGUCCGCACCCUCAACGCCACCAUCAGGCGCAAGAAGCAGAGGCAGAAGCCCGACAUCAGGAACUUCUUCGCCAACACGGACAACUCGAGCACGGGCACGCGCAGCCGCAGCGCCACCCCGGACUCGCUGGACUCGGUCUCGCCCCCGCGCACGCCGCCGGACCCGCACCCGAAGUCGUGGGUCGACCCGUACCUCAGCCGGUCCCGCGGGUCACUCGACUCGGGGAACCACUCUCUGGUCACUUCGCCCUCGGUCAUCACCUCCCCGACGCCCUUCGCGGACCACCACCAUCAUCACCAUCACCACCACCAUCACCAUCAUCACCAGGCGGAUCACCAUCACCAUCAGGAUCAUCUUCCUACGAGGACUCACCACGGCGUCGGCAGGAGGUAUUCGCCCCCCAGUGACUCUGCCACGAGGUCUCCCCAGUGGCAGGAUGACCGCCCACUGCACAUGUACCGCGCCCCUUCGCUCGACAUGCUUCCCAAGGUGGGGACGGGGCACCUCUCGUCGGGCAAGGAACUCCGGAGACAGAGGUCCUACGCCAGGGACAUCGCCAGGGACGUCAAGAGCUUCCAUUCCAAGCAGGGGCAGUACGAGUUCUAUCCGAAGACCAUGCACGAUGAGUCCGCCGAGAUCCAGGUGCUGGGCUACCGCUACAUCGGCUCCGUGCACAUCCCGCACGCGCGCUGCAAGGACAAGAGGCCGGCGCUGGAGUCCGCGUCGACCACGAGGACGGUGCAGGACCUCGAGUCGAUCCCGGAUUCUCCCCGUCGGAUGUCCGCGGAGCUUCGGAAGUCUCACUCCAUCAGCCGCCCGAGGGAAUCGCGCGAGCUCAGGGACAUCCGGGAACAGAGGGAGAACCGAGAGAACCGGGAGAACCGAGAGAACAGGGAGAACCGGGAGAACCGCCCCCGCUCGGCCUCCAGCACCGACCUCGGCUUCAAGGUCAUCUACUCGAAGCCCGACGAGGAGUUCCCGGACCUGGUGAUGGAGACGAGUCGCUGCGGCCAGACUCGCAUGGACUGGCUGGACGAGUCCGACCUGGGCAGACUGACCUCCCUCGCCCUGCUGGAGCUCGACAUCCUCUUCACGGAGCACAACAUUCACCACCGCUGGAGAAAGCUCAAGAAGAGGAAGCAGAACAAAGAGGAAAGCGGAGUGUUCGGCGUCCGUCUUGACAGCCUGAUAGAGAGAGACAGAAACUUUUUGGAGGAGUCUCCCCUUGAGACUAAAGUGCCUUUGGUGUUUUAUAAGUUGGCCCUGCAGUUGGAGCGUCAGGGUCUGCGGCAGGAGGGCAUCAUGAGGGUGCCCGGACACAGGUCCCAGAUCGAGCAGCUGCGUCGCGCGCUGGACACCCACUUCUACACCUCGCCGGGCACCGCCGACUCCGCCCUCAGGAACGCCACGCCCAACGAUGUGGCCGCCCUCAUCAAAACCUUCCUGAGGGAGCUUCCGCAGCCUCUCCUCACCCACACGUACAUGCCAGCCUUCUACAAGACGCAUCGAGUCAAGGACAUGGGCGAGCGAGUCCUGGCCUUGACGAUGCUGAUCCUCCUGUUGCCCUCGUCCCAUCGAGACACCCUCCACGCCGUCCUCGAGCUGUGUGCCCGAGUGGUAGCCUUUGAGGACGAGAACAAGAUGACGCUCUACAACAUCGCGAUGAUCGUGGCGCCCAACCUCUUCCUGCCGAGCAACCAGCGCUCGAAGCUCAACCUCAGGAGCGAGGACAAGGAGCAGCAGCUGAACUACGAGAUGACCUACGCGAACGUGACGACCCAGCUGACCCAGAUGAUGAUCAAGUACAGGGACAUUCUGUGGACGGUUCCCCAGCGGCUUGUGUCGCAGAUCCGCCGUAUAUACCAGGCAGAGGCGUUGAAGCAGAGUAACUACACGCCUAUGAGGAGACUGCUGACCCGUAAGAGCAAAGAGACGAUCCAGCGGCCCAUCGAGAACGAGGUGGACUACCAAGAGGGCGUCCUGAGGGUGUCAGCGCCUCAGUUCAACAAGUGCAAUUACCCAGUCAAGCUCGAUCCCCUGAUGACUGCCAAAGACUUAUUGACAAGAUUCAUCGAGGAGCUGACCGUCCUUCCGGAAAACCCCCGCCGCGUGGAAGGCCGGAGAGAACAGCAGUACAAGCGAGGGAGUGGAGGCAAUGGGUCCCCGCCCUCGACCGCCCCCACAAGGGUCUCGUCGCCCCAGUUCUACGCCUGCCUCCUGACGGGAUCGCUGAAGAAGGCCGUUGAGCAACACGCCCUCCACGAGAGAGGAGGGAACAUAGGCGACCGCCGUCUGGACUCGAAAGCGAAGCUCCUCACCAUAUACCAGGACAACCCCAAUGCAGAGUUCAUCGUCAAAUGCCACCACCUCGUAGGUCAAACGGCAAGAAGAAAUUCCUAGAGGAGAGGACGACUUGGUUAGGUUUCCUCGACUUAAGAUUCCUCGAAAAAAAGAAGGAGAGGAGAGGAUUUUAUGCGUGUUUUUAUUUUCUCUUCUUUAUCUCUCUUUAUCUUUUGGAAGUUAAUGACUUGUCCAAAUACUCAUGGAUAUUUUUUUGGCGUAUAUAAGAUGUCCUUAAUCAGUGGUUUGGCGAUAGACGUGGGCUAUUGCUAUUUGCGUUCGUCAAGAAGGAGGAGGAGCUCACGAACUUCGUUCUAAUAUAAUCAUCUAGUUUAAGCCCAAGGCAUUGUUUCAAAGUCUCAAAAGAUUGAUACGUGUAUGAUAAGGAAGUGUAAGUCUUAAAAAAAUAAUGACGAAACCUGGGUUAUUCUGUAGCAUGCAUUUCCUUCGUGUUCACUUUCCUUUCACAAUAUUUACCUUUGUAAAUUCCUUGGAUGUUCGUGAAUUUAGUAAAUUCAUGAUCAUUUUCUUCGUAUUUUAAAUGAGGUCAACACUGUGGGAUCGACAUGACCAAACCGUGCUCCAGAAUAAUUAAGAAAACCUAUUAAGAAUUUUGAACGUAAGUUGGAAGAGCGUGCAAGUAAUAAGUAAUGUACAGUGUUAAGUAUGGAAUUAAAAGUAGGUCUUUGUGACUGUAUGCUAUCUCAGGUAAGAGCGCGGACGGCUGAAACGUCACAGUCAUUGUCUUGUAGAGAAAAUGUUGGGUGCCUGAAACAGUUCAUUACCUUUUAGACUGUACUUAAGUGGAAUUAAGUAACAUUGUCUUUAAGUUGUUUUAGUGGAUAUUAACAUGUAUCAAAUCAAUAAGUACCCUUUUUAUGCUUUAAGAAUAGUAUUUUCACAGAAGGAUUUGCCUUACUUUCCCCGACUGCUAGUCAGAUUUCUGUAAUGUAAAAUCACUGCAGUUUCUGCAGAUGACUGUAUAUUAACACAAGGAAGAAUUAUACUCACUGGUAGUACUCUUAGAUGUCUUGAAUAUGUGUGGGUUUAUGUGCAUUAUGACAAUGAAUGAAUGUGUAUAUAAUAUUGUCCAAAUGAUUUGAUGUACUUCUGGAUGGAAUGACAUUUUAUUCUAUGAUUUGUUGAUGUACAGUUUAAAGAUUUACAAUUUUGCAGUUAAACAAUAUUCGUGAUUUGCUAUAUUUAUGCUCAACACUGAGAGAGUUUUAUUGUAGCUUGCUUUGCUACAGAAUGAAGAAUACUGUAGUAUAUGUAUACGCACUGUAUAUACAUAUAUAAAUAGUACUGUUAUCUGGCGUUGACCAAUAAUCACAUUGGUUCUAGUGUGAAAAGACAACUGAUUCUGUUUUAUAUCUGGAGCAGCAGUUGAUAUAUAUUUUUGUUUUAAAUGCGUGUGUGUUGUUAGCGCCUCUUUGAAGAAAGCAUGUAGAUAAUGUACGGGUGAAUUGAACGCUACAGCAAAAAGUCAUUCUUAAUAUGAUGAGUCAGAAUCUUCUUUCUGUUUUUGUCAGGAUUUCCACAUGCUUAAACAGUGUUCAGGUAAUUCCAGAAUGCACAUAAGAUUGCAAAAAAAAAAAAUUCUGUUUACCCCCUGUGUUCUUUGCAAGCCUGUCUUUAACUGGUCAGUAUGAUAUAAGUUUUGUUUCUGUCUUUUUUCUCCAAUAAUCUUGAUAUUUUGGUUCUUGUGUGAACAAUAGUUGCACUGUUAUGAUACCGUUACAUAUAUAUAUAUAUAUAUAUAUAUAUAUAUAUAUAUAUAUAUAUAUAUAUAUAUAUAUAUAUAUAUCAUCACUCUUAAGAAUACUUACCUGCAACUUUUACAAGACGUUAUAAAGAUUGUAAUCCAGGUUUACUAUAAACAAAUAAACAGAUACCCCAAUGAAGUGAACUUAGGGGAUGUGUAUAUAAAUUUUCACUUAAGUGUAGAUUUGCCUUCAGUUUCUGCACACAAGAUACAGUACGUAUUUGCAUAUACUGUUUUGAAUAUAUUACCUUGGAGGUUCAUUGCUCAUGCAACAUAUGUUUGUGUUCAAGUAUAAAUUACAUUUAUAUACGUGUUUUAUGAGUGUUGAUUUUUUUGUUUGCAUAUUCUUUGCGCUCAACAAAUAAUUUUUUAAUGUGGUGUGUUUGUUUGUACGUUUUUUUGUCCGUGUGUGUGUGUUCCGUGUGUGUGUGUUUUUGGUAAUUACUCUUUGUAUAGCCUUUUUAUAUUAGUAUAUUCUCAUCACACCCCUGUACAGAUGAACAAAAUUCGAAGUGUCCAGUAAUAUGAUGCCUGUCUUUGGCACUUCUGUAAUAAAUGGUUCUCUCUUCUUAUGUCUACUGUAUAUACACAAAACAUUAUACACAUAUUAAGUGAAUAAAUUAUAAGGAAAGAUAUAUCAAUA